UCUAGUUGUGAGUCUCUCGCAUUUACUCUGGCCGAGUCCACUUCUGAAAAAUCCAGGUCUUUCGCUGAUUCGAUCUCCGAAUCGAUUGCCAAUUCACCACUCCAUGCCUCUCCUGUAUAUUCCAACUCCUCGGCUCCUACUCUUCUCACUCGCGCACCAGCUUCACCGUCCCCACAAUCAUCACUUUCUUCGAACUCUUUCAUAUUUAGCCUUGGCUCUGACUCGAAUCGGGACGGUAAUUUUGACACACUGGCCCAGCAGAUUUCUCCAGGCACCACUAAGGCCUCCAAGGCCCCUCUACUACCACCAGCUCAGGCAAAUUAUCAAACGCGGCAGAAUGAACAUCCUCAGCAGACGAUCGGAUUUUAUAUGCAGCAUGAAAUCAAAGCUUGGCUCGAUACAGUUCUGGCCUGUCGUAAAGUUGACAUGGCCAAGCUACUGGGAAAGGCACCCAAAUUAGCCGAUUGGCGGGUUGGUAGAAACUAA